AUGGCCUUGACGAAUAUUUACGAACUGUUCGGGGGUGCCAUCACUGUGCAGCUCCCUGCAGGCUUGACAGAUGCAUCCGAUCUACGUCAAGUCCCAGACACACAGGAAGUCUUUCUUGCAGCCGAUUCGGAUGUGAGUAUUGUCUGUGAGAUUCUGGAACGGGUUGCCCCAGACGACCCAGUUGAAGUCGCCAAAUUUCAUUUUGAUUCUCUUUCGCAUGAUAACGAUGCUGUAUCGUCAACAGUCGAAAUUGUCAAUACACCCGCGCAACAACCGGUUUCUACCAGCCCUAUCAAACUGAGUAUUCUUCAGGGUACCCAACUUGUUCCCAAGUUUAAUCGCACACAUCCGGACACCGUGAAGAUCUUGCUUGCGGUUUAUCGCGUAGUGGAUAAAAGCAUCGACUUGGUGCUGACGUUCAAUGUGCCGGUGCAGGCGGAGAAAGAAAGCAGCGCGGUAGAUGCAGAAGGAGCAAAACGAUGGACAGACGCCUACGAAGCUGCGGUGUCGUCGCUCAAGAUCGUCGACUUUGGUUUGUUCGCGUAG